CGUUCGCCAAGAGGUACCAAUAUGGCGGAGACUUCCUUUGACAGUUCGAGUCCAGAUAACUACUGAAGCAUUUCACAAUGAAAUAUGCAGUCAGAAUGCCAAAGAGAAAGUAAAGUUGGCUCUCUGUCAUCUGAAGAUCAUGACUUUGAUCCUACAGCGGAAAUGUUGGUACAUGAUUAUGACGACGAGAGAACUCUUGAAGAGGAAGAAAUGAAGGAGGGUGGCAGAAACAUUGGUUCUGAAAUUGAAGAUUUAGAAAGGGAAGGAAGCAUGCCUUUAGAAGAUCUGUUGGCGAUCUAUGCUUAUGGACCUGCAAAUGCAGUAAUAAGCUCCAGUGCAGGGAGUUCUCCAAGUGAACUUGCUGAUGAACUGCCGGACAUGACUCUGGACAAAGAGGAAAUAGCAAAAGAUCUUUUGUCAGGUGAUGAUGAAGAAACACAGUCUUCAGCUGAUGAUUUAACUCCAUCGGUCACUUCUCAUGAUGCAUCAGACUUCUUUCCCCGUCCAUUAAGAUCUAAUACAGCCUACGAUGGGGAUAAGGAGUCAGAAAGUGAAGACUUGGAAACAGAAUAUGGGAAUACUCCUGAGGACUUACGAAAGGAAAUAAUGGUUGGUCCAUAUCAUCAGGCAGAAAUUCCACCUUAUCAAGGGAAAUAUAUACCAGGUUUCACAGUUACAUCAUAUGAACAUGAAGAGCAGUUACUCUGGAGCCCUAAUGUGCUUCCAGAGUACAAAGUGAAGGAGUUUCUUUACACAAUAUCAAGAAGUGGUAAUGAUAAAGUCAUUGAUAAGGCUCCAGAUGAGGUUCUUGUUAAGGAUAAUGAACAGGCAUUGCACGAACUCUUCAAGUGUCAGUAUAACAUUAAAGAAGCAAUGGAAAGAUACUGUUGCAGUCGAAAGAUAACACAUGAUGAAAUAACGCCGUGGACAGAGGAGGAAUGUAGAAAUUUUGAGCACGCCCUUAUAUUACAUGGAAAGGAUUUUCAUCUGAUACAGAAAAAUAAGGUGAGGUCGCGGACAGUUGCUGAAUGUGUAGCUUUUUACUACAUGUGGAAGAAAUCUGAGCGAUAUGAUUAUUUUGCCAAACAAACAAGAUUUGGAAAGAAAAGAUAUAACCAUCACCCAGGAGUAACUGACUACAUGGACCGCUUGGUAGAUGAAGCAGAGGUACUUGGAGGAGUAGAAAAUACAUCAGCCUUAACUUGUUCAAAUAGGAUAGAGCCUAUACCCGACUCACAGCUCAACAUAUUGAGUUCUAUCACCGCAAAUGAUCUGACAGCCUUGACACAUAGUGUAGCAACAGUAUGUAAUUCCUCGGAUGUGAAUUGCUUAAAUGAUGGUUUCCCUGCUUUGGACACUUUAUCAAGGGUACCAGUUAAUCAUGUGCCUGUUGGAACAGAAGACUUGCUUACGUUGCCCAGCAAUGGGGAAAGUGAUUGUUUUAAUUUAUUUGAGACCGGAUUUUACCCCUCUGAACUCAAUCCUGUGAGCUUAUGCAACGAGGAACCUGAAAGACCGGCAAAAAGGAUAAAAAUGGGAAUCUCUGUCCCAGAACCUUUCAUAAAUGAUGUUUCUGUAAAUAGCCUUGGUGUGGACUUUGAAAACCAUACACACCAUAUUACUAGUGCCAAAAUGGCUGUAUCCGUGGCAGACUUUAGCAGUUUAUCUGCAAGUGAGACAAAUAGUUUUAUAAAUUCACACACACUACACCACACAGCCCUUCAAUCCGAAUAAUGCCUGCUGCAUCUUUCUAGAAACAUUGGGGUUGCAGUAAAUCAAAAACUUCGGGUUUGCUUAGUCUUUCACUGGAAGUUUGAACUUUUUCACUAUGACAUCAGUGAUGUCUUUGUAUGUAAAGAACUAUAUCUUGAUUUUUGUCAAGAAUUACUUCAUUUCGGUCCAUGUGGAAACAGACAAUGUUCAGCAGAGUUGGAAACUUCAGAUUAAUAUCUGGGGAUGCAGCUUUAAGCUCAACUUAUAUUUUUGUUAAAGAUAAUGUCUCCAUCUCAAAACCAGCACAGAGAUUCUGAAUCAAAUGUAUUGGCUUCUCCUGGUCUAAGCUACCUUUUCAGAAAUAGGUGCAGCAGAAUAUCAAUGUUUACAGGUACCAGUCCAAUCCCUGCUUUAAUGUAGCAUAUAUAUAUUAUUUUUUUUUUAAUUUUAUUUAAAGGUAGGGUUUGGAAACUCCAAUCUGAACUGCAUCAACAUCCAACUUUUUUCUUUUAUUAUAAUUCAUCAAAAAAAUACUAAUGGAAGAAGAGCACGUCCAUUUACAGCAAGAUCCUUGGUAAAAGGCCAGCACAUUGGGACUGUGUGCUUCAUAUCAAAACAUUCUGUUGUAGAUACCGCCGAGCUCCCAGAUACCGAACAUGGUGUUAUACUGCCACAAUGGAUCUCUGUACUUUAAACAAAAUGGGCAAAACAUUUUUUGUGUGAUAUUGUAUUUUUGAAUAAGGGGAGGGGAACUUGUCCACAACUUUGAAGAUUGUAAAAUAAAUUACACAUUGAUAUGUGUAUCUUAAAACUUUCCUGAGGCCACUGACAUAGUCCAAAACCAUAGUCAGUCAGCCUUAAAAAUGUACCACUAAGUUUACAUGACAUACAUCUUGGUUAUAUUUACAUUGCAGUUCAAUGUUUUGAGUAUUUGAAAGACUUUCAUUUUUGUGUUCAUUUACAGCCUUUUUUCCUAUUACUGUGUUGCAUGAAACAGAUCCAUGAACGUCCUGAUUUUUUAUUUUCUACACUGAGGUUUAACAAAAUCAUUGUGUAUUUUCCAUACAAUUCUAGCAUAAUGUGUGAAAAACAUACAUGAAUGUUUGAGCAUAUUAUGUUAUACCAUGUUGCAACAAUCACUGGUGUCUACAGCAGCCAAACAGUUCUGUGCUCAUAUGGGAAAUAUAUUACAGGUAUUGCCAUUAUAAAGGAAAGCAAAACGCACACCUCAUUGUGCGUCCUCUGCCAAAGAGUAUGUUGCUCUUCACUUUGCCUUUAUCCCCAUCUGUCAGUGAAGGGUGAACCCCCAAUGCUGUUUGCCAUUUCUGGCUCUGAGCAGGUUAUCUAGUCAAUAUAAGGUUGUUUAUUUUAAAGUUUAUUUUUUAUGAAAGAUGCUGCCACAAUAUGAAAAGAUAUAAAUAUAUAGAUAUAUAUAAAUAUAUAUAGAUCAAUGUAAAUCCAUAUUUCCUUCAUUACAAGUGUUCAUAUGUGGGCUUGUGCUGAACGGGUAGAAUUGAGAGGGGAGGGUAUUUAUUAAGUUUACUGUGAACUGCAUUAACUUCAGUCAUUUGAUUGUUGCAUUACCUUGCUAGAAAAGUGAAGAAUUUUUCCACGUUUACAGGACUGCAGAUUUGGGGGAGAAAUUAAGUGGACAAAUCUUUCCUAUAUAAAGAUAGAUCUCUCAUCUUUUCCAUCAGUAUGCAGUUUAAUAACCAUAAUAACUUUAUAGCAGUUUAAGUUCAAUUUUUUUUUUGUUGAUCAAAAUAUCUUCCCACUGAGUUUUUGCUGGACUUUUUCUAUCCUGUGUGUGCUUUUUUUUUUGUGUUUCCAUGUUGUCAAUUCAUUUUGUAUAAUUUUGUAUAAUACAAGUCAUUCUUUUCAUAGUGUUAAGUUUUGUUUUUUUUUAUUAUUUUUGUUUGAAUCAACAAGUGGGUUUACAGUGACUGUAUAAUAUGAUCAUUAAGAUGACUGAAUGCUUAAACUAGUUGCACUUAAAUAUGACCAUUCUCAAUAUAACUAAUGCAGUAAUCAGUUAAUCUAUGCAUUGCUGGACUCUCAAUAUAAAUGAAGAUUCUCGAGUUUCUUGUCAGUAGUUUUGAUUGUCGGCAAGUUGUACAGACUCUUCAGUCAUUUAAUUGGAUUUUUUUUUUUUUUACUAAAAUUUAGAUGAUGAUUCUAGUGUUACUGAACAUUAAUAACCAACUAGGAAACUGUUUAGAAUUGUUCUGAUCAAACAUCUAGCACCUAUUUCUGUUAUAUAUAAAUUGGAUUAUAGGCCACUUGUGGUAAAUUGUCUUAGGUGCUAGAGCAACUGGGAUCUCUUUACAAAGCAAUUUACUGGAUGCUCUGGCAACAAGGAAGUGAAAACGGAGUGUGCUGACAUUAAAUAUUUACCUCUAAUUUCUAUUAUGAGGCAAUAAUUUGCAAGAUAUUUGUAUAUAUACAUGUACAUUUUCUUUCUUAGAUAUCUAUUUCUGUAAUGUUUUCAGACUUUUCAACAUGUACAGUAAGAUUUUUGUGCAUGCAUAGUGACACAAAUGUGCACCACUAAUAACUUUGCCCAUGUAAAAUAGCUAUUUAUUGUUCUUUUGUUCUUAAAAAGCUGGACUUUCCUUCAGUUAAAGUAUUUUAUUAAGCCAUUCGCUUCCAUGUGCACCUGCAAUUGCAAACUUCACACAUUUAAAGUAGUAGGGUAAAUAUAUUUUAGCUUCAGUUGCAGGCCUUUUUAACAAGAUAAGAGGCUUAAAGAAUAACCUUUUUAUAGUUGGCAUGAAGUAACCCUCAAAAGCAAAAAAAUCUGUCUUGCCUUUUGAACUCCUAUUUGUUAAAGCACAAUUCCUUUAAGGACAAUGAAUUCUUUGUUUUUUGUAGGGUUGCAGUUCAUGCAGACAAACCAAAAAAUAAGAAAUGUAUGAAGGUUGUGUGUUUAUUUUUAUUUUUUUUGCAUUUGUUAUAGGGAGUCUUCUGAAGAUGGUUUAAAUCCCUAGAAUGUGUCAGUGGUGCAGUUUUUAGAGCAAUACUGAAAGUUAGUAGAGCACAGAACAGAGAAUGGUUGGCACCUGUUUAAAAGCCUGGAAUUUAUGGUCUGUUCUUCCCAGAAUUUAAAAAAAAAAAAAAUUCUAAUACAAAAAUGCUUGCUACAAAUUUGUGUGUAUUUACUUAUUCUUGAGUUCUAAUUUUGCCUUUAGUUUUAUAGAACCACGACACUUGUACACAAGUUUUAUUAGUGUUGUUCCUUGGACCAAAUUACAUGUUGAUGUAAAAUAUGGGUGAUUCAAUACACUUUCUUAAAUUUUAAAUGUUGGAUUAUAUACAUUUUUAUUUAUAUUAUACCAUAUUUUAGACGGACCAUUACUUCCUCUGUCCCUUAUAGAUUCUACAGUGGAGUGGUUGGCCAAGGUAAAAUUCCUGACAAACAAGUUUAGGACUCAGGGUGAUGCAGUUUUUCAAAAUAAGUUAAUUUAAGUACUUUGUCAGCUAUGUGGAGAUAAGUUGCCAUGGUCACCACAACCUAAAAUGUUGAUCAAAGCAUUUUGCCUUUUUGGGUUUAAUUUUUUUUUUUUUUUUUUUAAUUUUAAAUACAUUAUAAGUUUGCUUUUGUUGUAACUGCUGAAUUUACUUGAAGGGUGUACAAAUUAUGAUUUUUCUGGUCUGUACAAUUAGGUUUUCAAUUGUGCAAUGUCUUAAACAAUUUUUUUGUUGUUGUUGCUAAUUUAGACAAACUUUGUGUGUAUGUAUACUUUAUGGCUCCAUGACCAUGUAGCAAUCGUUGCCCCUUCAUGCUUUUUGUGAAUUCCAUUAUAAAUGUAAAAGAAAAGAAUAAAUGGCAGCAUUUUGAACUCUUACAGAUUUCUUAAGACUUCACCAAUAGUAUGUUAUCACUCUUACUUUAAAUCAAAUAGAAUGUUUGUUUUUGUUUCUUUUCUUUUUCUCCAGAUCUAGAAGUCAUAUCUACACUUGACUAUAUUUGACUGUAAAGUUGUAAAUUAAAAAGGGGGGAGGUGAAUUGUGUGUUUAAUGGCUAAAACAUAAUCUUCCAGUAUGUGUGAUCUAUAGGGCUAAAAUAUUACAUUAGUCCUGGAUAGCGCUCCCCCCCCCCCUCUGGACUGGUAGACUUUGGUUAAACUAAUAAUUUAUUACACACAAUUGUCAAGGCAACAUUUUAGGUGGUGGCAAACAGAACAUCUUUUGAUGUUAAAAGUCUUGAGACGGGCACUGUUCAUCGAUUUCAUUAUUUGUACAUAAAAGUUUUCUUUUAGACAUUAUGUAUGUUUGUAUUUUAAUUUCUGGUGAACAGUUCCAGAAAUAAAAUUCUGGAAACCUC